AGUUCAUCAAUUUCCAGGAGAAGGCUUUACAAGUCAGCUGAGCCUGAGGAGAUAGCCGGGAGCACGCUCCCCAGACACUGCUGUCCUCUCUCCAAGCCCUGAGGCCAGAGGAGCCCAGGAUGUCUCUGCCACUGGCCUCCCUGCUGCUUCUCCUCCUCUCCACCCACGGUGCCCUGGCCCUGAGGAUCUGCUCCUUCAAUGUGCGGUCCUUCGGGGAAUCCAAGAAGGCAAACUGUAAAGCCAUGGAUGUCAUUCUGAAGGUCAUCAAACGCUGUGAUAUCAUGCUCUUGAUGGAAAUCAAGGACAGCAACAACAUAAUCUGUCCCAUGCUGAUGGAGAGGCUGAACGGAAAUUCAAGAAGAGACAUAACAUAUAACUAUGUGAUUAGCUCUCGGCUUGGAAGAAACACAUACAAAGAACAGUAUGCCUUUCUCUAUAAGGAAAAGCUAGUGUCUGUGAAAGCAAGCUACCUCUACCAUGACUAUCAGGCUGGAGACACAGAUGUAUUUUCCAGGGAACCCUUUGUGGUCUGGUUCCAGUCACCCUACACCGCCGUCAAGGACUUCGUGAUUGUCCCCCUGCACACCGCCCCUGAGACAUCCGUUAAAGAGAUGGAUGAGCUGGCUGACGUCUAUGUGGAUGUGAGACGUCGCUGGAAGGCGGAGAAUUUCAUCUUCAUGGGUGACUUCAAUGCUGGCUGCAGCUAUGUCCCCAAGAAGGCCUGGAAGAACAUCCGCCUGAGGACAGACCCCAUGUUUGUUUGGCUGAUAGGGGACCAAGAGGACACCACAGUUAAGAAGAGCACACAUUGUGCCUAUGACAGGAUUGUGCUUAGAGGACAAGAGAUUGUCAACUCUGUUGUUCCUCGAUCAAAGAGCAUCUUUAACUUCCAGAAGGCUUACAGGUUGACCGAAGAGAAGGCGCUGGAUGUCAGCGACCACUUUCCGGUUGAAUUUAAACUUCAGUCUUCAAAGGCCUUCACCAACAACAAAAAAUCUGUCUCUCUGAAGAAGAAAAAAAAGGCCAGUCACACCUAGAUACAACGGUUUUAUUAACCAUUUCACGCCAUUUUAUUAACCAUUUCUUGCCUCUAAAUAAAGCAUCUCUAAUAGGUAUGGACUGUUCCCUGUGCCCAGGAAACAAGACUGGCCCAACUGUUUUCAUUUUUCAACUUGAAUCUAAUUCAUCUUGAGCCAAAUUGGGAAGAGUGUCUUCUAUUCUCCCUCUUGAGCUCAUACCUGCCCUGAAUUACUCAAAAGGAAACUGAGGGCUUUUGCAGUCCAAAAAGAUGACCUUCGCGUCUGAGCUAAAGCCCCGUCAGCUGUCACUGCUCUACCUAAAGAGAGAGGCCACAGGAGGAGGAAUGCCGGCUUUCCGUCUUCUCAAGGGUGUCCUUUUCCAUGGGAAACGACCAGAAAUGCCAAGAACACCAAGGCCCCGACUUUAUCCUAGGAUCUGGGCAAUGAACUGCUUUAGGAUCUGGCCCUCCUGUCUGAGGUCAGGCCACCAUCACAUCUGGCAGGGAUGAAGCAUGAAGGUCAUUCCCACUGGUCUCCUUGCCUCCAAACAGUCCUCCAACUCAGCCAGCCCAGUAACCACCAGGGUCAUCCUGUGAAAUUCCAAUCUGACCACAGCCCACCCCCAUUCCCACCCCCUGCUUCAAAAUCCUUCAGGAGCUCAGCUCCCGUCACCACCUGGAGAGAGCCCAGGGCAUCUGGAUGCCCAUGAAGGUCUCUAUCACCUGGCCUCUCACGUCAACCUUAGCAUCGUCCCACCUUGUACUUUCGUCCCGCGGGACUGCCCCUUCCCCGCAUGCCCCAAGCUCUCCGUCCUUCUGGGCUCUGGCUCAGCCCAUCCCAGAGCCUGGGCAAGUAAGCCCGGCCACACCCCCACAUAUCCCAAACCCCUAUUAUAACAUUCGCCACAUUGUAUCUGUCACCAAGGCCACUCUUUGGGCUGUUUGGAGGACAAAGGGAAGGACUGGGAGGGACUGGAGACUUUUUUUUAUCUUUCUGCAAUGAAAGACUUACAGAGGAGUCCAGCAGCGGCGAGGCACCAUUUUACCUAUAACCACGAUGACCAUUUUGGUUUCUUUUGCUUUGUUUUCCCUUAUAUUGUUUCUUUGUCCAAGUAUAGUACAUGAACAGGGCUAACUCUGCAAGCAGUACCAAGGAAUAAGCAAUGACAAGGAAUGCUGUGCCCCAGCUCCCCUGCUCUCCUGUCUCAGAAGCAGCCCCUCUUACCAGCUUACGCAUUCCACCAGAAUCUGCACAAAUAAGCACCAUGUGUAACUUGACAAAUAUAAAGUAUAGCAUACGAAAUGCAUGGUCCCACUCUUUGCUGAUUUUCCUAAAUAUAUCGAGGACAAUGUGACUUUCAAUAUAAGAAAAGAGACUGUAAGCCUGAGUUUUGAAGUUUGGUUACAUCUGACUGAGCGAAUAAAAGCAAAAGGGCCCUGCUUUAAACAGGGCCUGAUC